ACUUUAACUUAAUGCACCAGUUCAGCAGUGCAUACAAAACGAACAGGCCUCAUAUUGGGAGAAAAUAAAAGACGCAAUAAGCGUUUUCGCGCGUUUCCUGCAAACUUUACGCGACACAUCUGACUGAAAAAUAACUCGCAAUUUUUGUAGCCAUGCUCCACGCUGGUGCGUUUUCUUCGGAAAAGACACAAAAUCGGUGAAGCAUAAAUAUCGCGUAUGGGGUUAUAUUGUGAAAAAUGCUACGAAACCGCGUGUUCCACAGGAUCGUCGCAUUAUUUGCGCUGAUAUUUAAAAUUUCAGCCACUAAACAUUGGAUCGUUACUGAAAAUGGGAAAAUUCAGCCGCAGCAUGACAGUGUUUUUGAUAUGCGUCGACCUUAUGAUCUCUUAGCAUUUUUGGAACAGGAGAAACGCAGAGAAACAGCCAAUGCCAUAUACAAGAGAAUUUCAAGGAAAGAAGUAUCCAUUGAUAAUCAGUUUGCAGACUUAGAUAUAGCUGAUACAGAAAGUUCAAAUCUGGAUUGUUUUUUAUGGGAUAAAUCAUUAGCUGAUAUUGAUAUAUAUGAUAGCAUAAUGAUUGAUCUUAAACACAGAAAUGGAAUAAGCAAGAAGGAUUAUACUUUAUACAAUAAAGGAGCCAAUGGUAAACAAACAGAGCCAAAUUGUCAAAAAACAUUUCCACUAGAUUUUAGUGUAUAUACAUUUGAACACCUUAAAGCAAUGCAAAAUCGAAAAAAUCUUACUCAACAUGAAGAACCUAGCUUGAUGAAGUACUUGCCACCAAAUACUGAUCUCAAUCAAUUUGGUUAUCAGCUCACUAACAGUCUGUCUCGCAAUAAAACAUCUUGGAUAUACUUGAAUCUGGCAUCACUUUAUUGGCGGAUCAAAGGCAACGCUUAUAAUGCUCUAGAAUGCAGCCGCAGAGCAAUCGUACAUGCUCCAAGGCAAUAUCGCGAUAUUCCACUUCUAACCACUGCUGGAAUUUUGCACGCUGCGAGAUAUUCCGGCGAAGCCGCUAUCGUUUUGCACAUGGCGAUAGACUAUAAUCCGUUGGAGAGUUAUCACCAUUUAGCAUUGGGUCAUGUGUACACAUCUCUUGGCGAUUUCGAUCGAUCCGCGGCGUGCUAUGAUAAUUGUUUGAAAUUGGCUCCUGAGACAACGGAGGCUAAGCAGAUGAAAUACGCUAUACUGUGUCAUCGUUUACUGGAAAUGACAUUAUUAUCAUUCAAUCAGCGUUUACGAGAUGUGCUGUCAGAGAUACAUGCAUAUCACGACUGGAAGGAGGAGUGGUUGAAGCUCUAUGAGCAUAUGCUCUGGGAACAGAAUAUUAAGUCCACCACGAGAGAGAUUAAACUCGCCUUUGCGCGUGAACAAAAUCUACAUUUGCUUGCUAUAAAUCCAAUCGAAAAGUAUAUCAACCACGAUCUCGGUAAUAAUGUCAUACUAUCUUAUGUGGAUGUGGGAGAUAGAAAGAAGAUAGCCGAGAAUAUGUUGCAGCACGUGCAUCUAAAUCUGCAUGUACUGAAGAAUCUGCAACAACCGGUGAAAGAACGCGAUCGUACUACACAAGACAUAUUAAUGGAACUAAAUAUGGAACAUACUCAUGCUUUCGCGACACCGACCAAGAGCCCAAAGUAUCACGACGUAGAAAUUAAGAAGGGAAACAAAGAUUUCGAGGCUGAUUAUUGGCCGAGGAUAUCUGAUUGCGACGGUUCUAUGCUGACGUUCGGAGAUGGAAAGCAAUAUUUGCCGAUAUAUUUGUCUCCAGAAAAUAAAGGCUAUGCAAUACAUUUGUUCGUAAACGAAUUGAUCGAUAUAGAACCGGGAAAAAAACAUCCACUGCCAUGGCAUCCACCCAUAUGCCAAGCGCCUAAGUUAUUUGACGAAAAGUAUAUCACAGACUCAUUACUGGACGCGACGACGCAGCAACAUUCGUCGGACGCUUCUUUAAAAUCAUUCCUACAUAGUUUGGUGCAAACUGCGGAAUCGGCAGAGAUUGGUCAGAGGAUUUUGACAGCAAUCGAGGCGAAAAUAGUUCCUUGGGUGUUGUCUGUGCUCGCAUCAUUGCAUUGGAGGACAGUAGGGAAGCCUCGUUUAGCCUUAGAUUGUCUUCAAUUGGCGUUGGACGAAGUUCCUGGAGAAUUCAGGGAUGUUCCUUUAGUUAGUAUAGCUUCGAUACACCAGAAAAUGGGCUUGAUUGAUGACGCUUUGAGGAUUACAAAAGAAGCCCUGCGUAUCAAUGCUGUGGAGCCAAUGACUAAUUUUUUAUUUGGUAUAUUAUUGAAUGUAAAAGGAAAUCACACGGGGGCAAUGCAUUACUUGAAACAAGCAUUGAGAGUGGAUUUACAUCUGUAUGACGAUAAGGCAUUAAUGUUGUUGAAAACGUUAGCCUGUCGCGAAAAAUUUAACGUUAUCACCGGUGAUCAUUCAGAUUUUCAUAAGAUAUAUAUAAUCUAUUCUCGUUGAAUGACGUAGGAAUUGAAUCGUAGGAAUUUUAAGAUAAACGGAAAAAUAAAGGAUUAAGAGAAAAUAUGGGUAAUUGUGAUGUAUAACGGAAGUCAUAUUGUCAUAACCACGGGCUGUGAGAAAUAAGGAAUUAAUUCACAUAAACGUACCAUGAGCCUAUCAACUGUAUUAUUUACUAAGUACAAUCUGUAAACGAACGACGCUCUUUUGCGCAAACGACAAGUCAAGAACUGUAACUACCGCAUUAAUUAUACUUCGAGGCAGAAACCGGAGGGAUCAGCGCUACUCAGCUGCACGAGCCAUGUAGAUGCCAGUAAAAUUUUGGACAAUGUUUUUCGUGCGAAUUUACUAGCUAAUUAAUACUAGGUAGCUCGCAUGAAUAAUUUACAAAUUCAUACAAGGGCACACCGCACAAAGUGUCUGAUUGGACGUUCGACAAAAUGUCUGACAAUCAGAAAGAAUUCUAUUAGUCGAAUAAGGACGAAUGUGACAAGUUCAAGUACGAGGAGACCGAUUACCUUUCUAUUCAUAUUUUAUAAGUUUAUGUGAUGAAACAUGAUGUAUGUAUGUAACCAGCAAAUCACGACGAGAGAGAUCAUUCUGUCUGAAACAGAAAUAGUGCAGAAUUUUUUAGUCGACACUUAAUUUUAGCCUCAAAGGAUCGUUGGACAACAAUAUCUCGGCUUGAUUUGCGACAAGAGUAAUCCUGUGAUGAGUCAUGUGACUGAGAUGGUGCAAUUCUCGCACUUGCUGCGACAUAAAGCCGAACUCGGUAUGGAGUAGUAAUUGAUGAUGAUAACUGGAAUGUAAACCAAUACAUUGUAAGAACUUGGGAUCAAAAUCAUGUUCGUGUUGCGAAGCAUUCCUUGGACCUUGGCGAUAGUUGUGUCGUUUUAUUGGUGCAUAGCAGGCGAUAAUUGCAACACACUAGAUUGCGUGUGAUAAGGCCUAAAGAACAUCCUGAAGGA